AUGAAGUCUGGUGAUGUCGUCAUCAUUAGCAUCGCUACAAUAUUAACACUGUUGCUGUUGAAAUGCAAUGCUCUCCAAUCAGUGACACAUCAACAUGGGCAACAGCAACAGGUGUUAAUAUAUGUAUCACCAGCUGGUAAUGACACCACUGGUGAUGGCUCAAUGGACAGUCCCUAUCAAACACUUGACAGGGCAAUGGGUGUCAUGAGUGAUGAUAAUAGUACGUUGACAUCUGCUUGGUCUGUCAUCCUUGCCAAUGGCAACUAUACAAGUGUCAAUGAUCACCUCAUCAAACAAUCAGACUCUCUUGAGCUUGUACCAUGGCCAUCUGUAAACUUUACAUCUGAUAGGGUGUCUAUCGAUCAUAUUGUAUUGAAUACAUGCGGUAGUCAACUUGCCAUGCGAGAUGUUCAUGUCGGACGACUAUCACAUACCAAUAUACAAUGUACACAAUCAUCAGAAGUGAUACUUGAUAGAGUGACUGUUGGCUCAUUAUUAGAAAAGUCAUCACAAGCCAACUACACCUUGAAUAUAGAUAACAGCACAGUUAUAUCAUCAUCCAUUAUAAUCAACCUUGGCUCAAUACUACUUGAUAAUGGUCUCCUACAGAUCUCUACCAGCUCUCAAGCAAACAUCACCGAUUGCACUAUGACCAAUGUCACAACCAACGUCGAUGACAACUCUCAACUAUAUAUCACAAACACAGCAAUACAAACUAUUGGACUCUUUGAUGCGAUCGACAUCUAUGCAACCAAUAGUAGUACUGUUCACAUUGAUCACAGCUCAUUCAGUACCAAUGGACAGUUUGCACUACUAGCACAGGACUCCCAACUACACCUCUCAGACGUAUCAUUCGACCACUGUAGAUACUCAUCAUCAUUGAUCUCCUUAACGGACUCUUUGAUUAACAUUGUCAAUCUGACCGUAUCAUCCACUGUCUCCCCAGUGUUUGUCCGCACCAUCAACUCAUCACUGAGCAUGUCCAACUUCAAUGUGCAGGUGGUCAGUCAGUAUAUGUUCUCUGAGGAGGGACACAUGUCCCUGACACUAGUCAAUGGAAUCUUUGGUAUAGCUCAUGUGCUACUGUGGCAGCAGACUCCAGCCAGUCCCAUCGACAUCUCAUUCACACAUGUCCACCUUCAAGACCUCGAAUCAAUAACAUGUCAAGGAUGCAACAUGACACUCCAACACGUGACCUUCCCAAAGCAGUACGACUCUGUCUUUGGCAUUGCCAUGGUAGACUCUCAUCUACAAGUAAUCAAUGGACACUUUGCAUCACUAUCCCCAGUUGACUAUCUGAUAUCACUCAAGAACACUGAAGCAACCAUUAUAGACAGCAGGUUCACUCAAUGCUCAAACCUAUUCGAUCUGUCACAACAAUCACAUUUACUAUUAUCCAAUGUUACUUUGGACGAUAUGUUCUCUCGAUCAUCCAUCAUCAACGCGUUCCAAUCAACACUGGUCAUUCAAAGAUCAAACAUGACAAGCAUCUCAUCACAGAUCAACAAUACACCAUUAUUACAACUAUUAGCGUCAUCCGUUCACAUGUCCGAUACAUCAUUCACCAAUUGCAACUCUGCCAGUGGACUGGUAUUGGCAUCAGAGAGCAACAGCACACUCAACAUGACCGAUGUUCAUCUCAACCAGACUGCUCAGACAUCCAACCCCAAACCUUACGACUCUGGAACGGGUGCCAUCCAAGCCGAUGCCAGCACAGUCAUACUAGACCAAUUCACAUCAGAUCGAAUGCUCACUGUUCUUCUCCUGGCAUUAUCCAAUUCACACGUGACUAUCAACACAAGCCAAUUCAGUCUAUCAUCAUAUAACCUACUUCAUGUCUACAAGUCCAAUGGAACGAUGAACAACUCAACAGUGCAGGGACAAGGUGCUGGCUCGGUCAUGUUCUUGGAGGCCUGUCCCAACUUCUCGAUCAAUGGCACUUACUUUAGGGGUCUCACAAAGUUUGAUCAUGUACUAUUCUCAACAUACUCAAGCAUCACGAUCAACAAGGUGGACGUGUCCAACAUUCAAGGUGGACCCUUUAUCCGUGCCGAACAUUCAAAUGUCAUCAUAUCAAAGUCAUACGUGCUUUUCAGCUAUGCACCAUCAUUGAUUCAGAUGUAUAACAGCAGCCUGAUAUCACGAUCAAACAUUGUACUUGGCAAUAGAGCAGUUGGCUACGAUAUAUAUAUGGGCAGCCUUUCAAUGGAGCAAUCAGAGGUCUCUGAUACCUCCUACACCACCAACUUUGCAAUGGUCAUUGCCAACGCUGUUAAUGUCUCAAUAGUCGACUCUCUGUUUGACUAUAACUUUGCCUCUGAGACGCCCGUAUAUAUCUCAUCCGAUCAAACUCUAUCUCAGUGCUACCUCCACAACAAUACAUUGUCCAGGAACACUGGUUCAAACGGAGGUGCCAUGCGCAUCAUUACAACAUCAGGAUCAUUAUCAUCAGGUGGUUGUAUCUUUACAAAAAACAGCUUCAUUGCCAAUGCAGCAUCCGGCAGUGGUGGGGCAGUGUUUAUCAGUGCCGACAGCUACCUACCAAUCGACCCAUCCAACAUAUUCGAUCAAAAUACAGUUGACUUUUAUGGUGUCAAUGUUGCCACAUCCAAGCUCAGACUCAACAUUACAGAGAUCGACGGAGUACUCAGCAAUAACUCACCGAUACAAUUCACAUUGACAAUGCUCGAUGGCUACAACAACACGGUAGAGGAUGAGGUUGGUGAUGUUGUACUCUCUGUAUCAUCACUCACACCAACCAUAUCAAACAUCAACUUCACCUAUGCCAUUGGACUCAUUGGUGGCACUGCCGAUGUCUUUCUCACACAGCUAAUAGGUCAGCCAUCUGGAUGUAUGUUCAAUAUCAAUCUGACACAGUACAACAAUGAGUGGCCCUACACGAUCACCACAGCAUUCAACAUCACGGUACCAUCGUGUGGACCAUUCCAAUUCCUCAAGGCCAACUCUUCACUAUGUCAAUACUGCUCAUCAAUCUACGAUGUAUACUCUCCAUCACUGAGCCGAUGUGUUGAGUGUGAGAGUGCCUACAGGAACCUGGCCCAGUGCUACUUGGACACGGUCAGCACCAUGCCAAACUACUGGAUGUACAACAAUGACAUUGAGCAGAUCUAUCACUGUCAACCAAACAUCUGUCUAGGCGAUAACAAAUGUCGAAGUGGUCAUACUGGAGUAUUGUGUGGACAAUGUAUAGGCUCAACAGUUAGCAAUAAGUCCGGAAUCUAUUGUUGUCGCUACAUCUUAUUCUUUAUCAUCACUACAUUGGUACUGGCAUUCAGACCUCGAUUCUUCUACUCGAUAUAUGGACACAUGUUCAUAUUCCUACAGACAGUGGCAAUACUUCUAUACCCUCAGAUCAACUUGUAUGUGCUGCCACUGUUCAGAAUGUCCAUUGACUUUAUACCAUCAAAGACGAAACAAUGA